GUGUGAAUUGUCCUUCAAAAUAAGGGUAAGAAUUAGGGUUUUGAUGUGUUUGUAUGGAUGAUGGAGCAAGGCUCUCAACAAGAAGAAUCAGGAUGGACCAUGUAUUUUGAGGACCUCUGUGAAAAUAACAACCACGGGGACUGCAAUUAUUCAUCUUCCAUGACUGGAGUUUCUUCUUCUUCAUUGUUAUCCGAUGCAGCCUCUGGUGCUGCAUGGAAAAUGAAGAACCAGCUCAUUUUCCCACCCCAAAAGCCAUGCAAACCGCUGAAUUUUAAGAAGAGAAAGACGGCGAUCCCUAUUCAUGAUGAUCCAUUGGAGGAUACUGCUAGCUCUCCUGCUAAUAGUCCAAAGGUUAGUAGCACAACAGCAAUAAUUCUCAAUUUGAAAGAAAACGAAGAUCAUCCUAAUGGAUCUCAGGAGAAGGAUGAUGUUUCGGGAAAUUUUUCAGAGUUUCGAGCGGUUGAAAAGAAGGAACCCCAAACGGAGGAGUGUACAGAUUUGAAGAAGAGGGGACUUUGCCUUAUGCCCUUAUCCAUGCUGGUUGACUAUCUCUCAUGAUUCCCUCUCUAUUCUCUUCUAUGUAAAAUCUCCAUAUAAACCAAAAAGAUAAAGUUAAAAUUGGAACAGAACCUAUCUAUCAUCUCUUCUUCCA